AUGAACAUAGAUACAAAUAUCCCAGAGGCUCUAAAACAUGAAAUAAAAAAUGUUAUGCAGGUAGAAUUAGCAGUCGAUGUUCAAAUAGAGAAGAUUGUGAAGCUGGGAGAAAAAGUCUGUCUGGUUGAGCUUGAAAAAGAAGACGACCAAAGAAAAGUCAUGCGAAACAAAAUCAAAUUAAGAAAUCGAAAAGAAAAUGUGUAG